AUGUUCACCACACUUGCCCUUUCUUCCCUUUUGUUGGCGGCUCCGGCGGUAUUGGCACAGAGCAUUGGAACUGGCUCGUGUACCGAUGUUCACAUCUUUAUCGCUCGUGGAUGGAACGAGGACUACCCCGGCCGACAAGGCAACCUCACCACUCGUGUCUGCAACGAUCUGCCUGGAACGACCUGCGACUAUGAGGACAUUGCAUACGACGCAUACUCGACCGAUUAUUGCCCUUCCGUAGACGCUGGAGAGGCUCUUGCGCUUUCGCAAAUCAACGCAUACUACGCCAAAUGCCCCGAAACCGCCAUCGUGCUCAGCGGAUACAGUGAAGGUGCGACGGUCAUUGGCAAUGUCCUAGCUGGCGAUACUGGCGAUGUGUUCUGCCCAAGCUCUGGGCACCCUGGCUUGACCGACACCACAUCGGGCCCAAGCUGCAACAUUGCUGCUGUCACACUGUUCGGUAACCCAAGGCACACUGCCAACCAGCCUUACAACGUCCUUGCUGGAUCUCCUGGCAUGGCGAACAGCAACCGCUCUCAGGCCGAAGGUCUGGAUCGCAUGGGCUUCUACACGCCAAGGCUCCACGACUACUGCAACUAUGAUGAUUUGAUCUGUGCUCCUGGGCUCGGUGCCAACACUGUUGAGGCCCACACCAACUACUUCCAGCUUUACAGCGCUGAGGCUGCUCAGUACAUCGCAGACCUCGUCAAGAGCUUCACGAAGGGCAAGUACUGCGCGGUCCCGGCAACGUCUUCUUCUAGCAGCGCUGCUAUGACCACCUCGUUCAGCGCCUCUGGUAGCACGACCGUUCCAGUCACCGUCACCGUCUCUGCCAGUGCCUCGUCGAAUGGCUCUUUCGCUUGCAACCCAGCGCACAGCUACCCAAAUGGCGCAUCCUGCAUCUCGACCGCCGGCUCCCUGACUUUGUUCACGCCAUCUGCCUCGACCUCUGUCGCCCAGGUUACUGUCACGGAAUUGACUAGCGUAUACACCACCGUCUGCCCUCAGACCAGCGUCAUUACCUCUGACGGAACGACCUCAACCUCCACAUGGACUGGCCCUUCGACCGUGACGAGCACUUACAGCUCCACUGUGACCACGACAGUCCCUGUCACUCUCGGUGCUGCUUCGUCUGGCGCGGCCCAGUCAGUCCCAUACGUCACCGUCACCGACCUCACCAGCAUCUACACAACCGUCUGCCCGCAGACAAGCAUCUACACCACAGGCAAUCUGACCCGCACCUCAACCUGGACCGGGCCCAGCACUGUGACAAGCACAUACAGCUCCACUCUCACAACCACGGUCGCCGCCACCUACGUGGCCCCAGUCACAGCCACAAACUCCGCAGUCACCACUCUCAACGGCACACCAGCCGUCGUCAGCUACACCAGCAGCGUUUCCACCACCACCUACGCCAACUUCCCAACCCUGACCUUCACCAACGCCAUUCCGACCGCUACAUACUGGCUUAACAACCAGGGCAGCAGCAACGGUACCAAGGUGACUGGUUUCGUGGCCAGCGGAAGCGCGGGAGGAGCCAAGUCCACCAGCACUGGUGGUGCUCCUAUCACGCCAUACACCGGUGCUGCUAGCAGCGUCGUGGCCGCUAGGUGGCUCGCGGCUGCUGCUGCUGGUGUUGUUGGUUUGAUGAUGAUCUAA